AUUCGAAACUUCUAUCUCACGUCAACCCUUCUCACUCACAUAUACUUUCUUUAUAUGUAUAUUUUUUUUUUAUGUAUAUGUAUGUGUAUAUGUAUCUCAAACACUAUAUAAUCAACACACUGGAAGGCUUUUAGGACACAUUUACAACCCUACAUCAGCGUUAAAUCUUGAAGAAACCCCAUAAAGUUUAUCCAAGUAAAGAUGGGUGACAACAGAAAUGUUAGCCUGCCACCUGGUUUUCGAUUCUGUCCUACCGACGAAGAACUCGUGGUCCAUUUUCUUCAACGUAAAGCCUCUCUCUUGCCUUUCCACCCCGACAUCAUCCCCGAUCUUGAUCUUUAUCCUUAUGAUCCUUGGGACUUGGAUGGUAAGGCUAUGGUGGAAGGUAAGAAAUGGUAUUUUUUCAGUAGAAGGUCGCAGAAUCGAGUAACAGCAAAUGGAUAUUGGAAAUCUUGUGGUGGUGAUGAACAAAUCGUUACUUCAAAUGGUAGCAAAAGAAUUGGCGUGAAAAAAUAUUAUGUGUUCAAUCUUGGUGAAGCUCCUGAAGGCAUAAAAACCAAUUGGAUAAUGCAAGAAUUCAGGGUUUCUGAUGGUGCUAAUUCAUCUAGAUCAAGAAGAAGAGACAACUCAAAGAUGGAUUGGGUAAUAUGCCGAGUGUAUGAGCAUGACUAUGAUAAUGAUGAUCACGACGAUGAUGGGAUGGAGCUUUCGUGUUUGGAUGAAGUUUUUUUGUCAUUAGAUGAUUAUGACGAGAUUAGUUAUCCAAAUUAAAUGGAAAUUAAGGUUGGGUAUAUUGAUCCUUCAUUACUUAUGUAAACUUUUCUUAUUGUGAAGUAGUAUUUAAAAUUUCGUUGCAAAUUAAUGAGUGUUAUUAUUGUUCGGCAAUCUACACUACAUAGGAUUAAAAAGUUUAUGUAUUUGCUACUGAUUGAAGUUACAGAAAGAUAAAUUAAUUAAAAAAUUGAUAUUUAAAUUUUGGUUGC